GCCCGGAGCCAGGCGAUGGUGGGAAAAGAGUGGCGUCCACGGCCCGGGGGAGGAGGAGUGGGCUCCGAGGGUGAGGGCCCGGGCUGCCCACGGGAGGGCGGGGCGCCGAAGGCCGAGAGGUGUCGGGUGAGCCGGGCCGAUUGGCUACGGCGGCGGCGGGGUCCCGCGCCGAGGAGGGGGCGGCGCCCGAGGGCGGGCCGGCCGUCUGGGCCCUCCCUGGCGAGGCCCCGCGGCCCGGGAGCCCGAGCGGCCACCGCGGCCGAAGCUGUCCCCCCGCCAGAGCCGGCCAGACGCGAGCGGCGGGAGGGAGGCGGCGGCGCCCGGCCCCGCCCGGCCGCCCGAGCGUCGGACGCGGCCCGGCGCCGAGCCAUGGAGCCUGAGCCAGUGGAAGACUGUGUGCAGAGCACCCUUGCUGCCCUGUACCCACCCUUUGAAGCAACGGCCCCCACCCUGUUGGGCCAGGUGUUCCAGGUGGUGGAGAGGACUUACCGGGAGGAUGCGCUGAGGUAUACACUGGACUUCCUGGUUCCAGCCAAGCACCUACUUGCCAAGGUCCAGCAGGAAGCCUGUGCCCAGUACAGUGGAUUCCUCUUCUUCCACGAGGGCUGGCCACUCUGCCUGCACGAGCAGGUGGUGGUGCAGCUAGCAGCCCUCCCCUGGCAGCUACUGCGCCCAGGAGACUUCUACCUGCAAGUGGUGCCCGCAGCAGCCCAAGCACCCCGCCUGGCACUCAAGUGUCUGGCCCCAGGGGGUGGACGGGUGCAGGAGCUGCCUGUGCCUCAUGAGGCCUGUGGCUACCUGUUCACACCUGAGUGGCUGCAAGGCAUCAACAAGGACCGGCCAGCGGGUCGCCUCAGCACCUGCCUGCUGUCUGCACCCUCUGGGAUUCAGCGGCUGCCCUGGGCCGAGCUCGUAUGCCCGCGGUUUGUGCACAAGGGAGGACUCAUGGUUGGACACAGACCCAGCACAUUGCCCCCAGAGCUGCCUUCUGGACCCCCAGGGCUUCCCAGCCCCCCACUACCUGAGGAAGCACUGGGCACCCGGAGUCCCGGAGAUGGGCACAAUGCCCCUGCAGAAGGACCGGAGGGCGAGUACGUGGAGCUGCUUGAGGUUACACUGCCCACGCGGGGGAGCCCGGCGGAUACCCAGGGCUCCGAGGGCCUCUCCAGGACCAGGACUGUGCCCACCCGCAAGGGCGGCGGGGGCAAGGGCCGGCACCGGAGACACCGGGCCUGGAUGCACCAGAAGGGCCUGGGACUUGGGGACCAGGCUGGGGCACGACCGCCCGGCGAAGGCAGCAGCACCAGUGUCUCCCCCGGGUCUCCGCCGGGGGCAGAGGCUCCCCCCGAGACGGCAGCUGGAGAAGUGCAGGAGCCUGCAGUGACUGAGGCACUUGCGGAACCCUCUGAAUCAUGCUCUGUGGUACUCAUAGAGGCUGGGGGAGGAACAGGCCAGGGGACAGAAGGAACGCCUGGGACCCCGCGGAGAACUGGCAAAGGCAACAGGAGAAAGAAGCGAGCUGCAGGCAGAGGGGCUCCUGGCCGAGGUGGGGACAGUACACCACUAAGCCCGGGAGACAAGGAAGACAACAGCCCACGGGAAGCAUGCGGGGCAAACCAGCGGGAGCCCCCAGAACAGGGGCCGAGCAAGGACGAUCACGAAGGCUCUGGCAGGUCUGAAUCUGAGCGGAAAGAAGAGCUCCAACCGGCAGAUGACAAAGAGCCCCAGCCACCAGAAGCCCAUAGGACUGCGGAAGAGGAAGCCAGAGAGAAGGAGCAGGAGGGGCCAGGCUUGGUGUGCUUGGCAGGCCCUGAGGAACUCCUGUCAAGUCCUGAACCACUGCCCUUGGAGCCCGUGCAGGAAGCAGAAGGGGACAGCAUUCCAGAAGAGGCACCCCAGACCUCCACCUCUGAUGACCCUGACAUAGCUUGGAACUUGAUGGCAUCUGGCUUCCUCAUGCUGACGGGAGGGGUGGACCAGAGUGGGCGAGCCCUGCUGACCAUUAUGCCACCGUGCCCUCCUGAGGAGCCCCCACCCUCCCAAGACACACUGGGCACUGCUCUCCGUUACCUGCACUCACUGCUCAGGCCCGAUCUGCAGAGACUGGGGUUGUGUGUCCUGCUGGACCUUCGCAGGGCACCCCCGCUGCCUCCAGCACUUGCUCCUGUCCUGAGUCAGCUUCAGGACACAGGAGACCCUCCCCUCAUUCAGCAGCUGCUGAUUCUCAUACAUGAUGAUGCUCCCAUUGAACUUGGUGGAUUUCAGGGUGCUGAGUUGCUGUCAGAGAGUGAGCUGAAAAGAGUGGCCAGGCCAGAAGAGCUCCAGUGGGAGUUAGGAGGUCACAGGGACCUCUCUCCCAGCCACUGGGCAGAGAUACAUCAGGAAGUGGCAAGACUGUGCCACCUGUGCAGGGGUGUGCUCGCCUCCAUUCGGCAAGCCAUUGAGGAGCUAGAAGAAGCCAAGGAGCCAGAGGGAGAGGAGGCAGUGGGGAUGCCCAAGCCCCUGCAGAAGGUGCUGGCAGAUCCACGGCUGGCAGUACUACAGAGGGACGGUGGAGCCAUCCUGAUGAGGCUGCGCUCUACCCACAGCUGCAAGCUGGAGGGUCCUGGCCCAGCCACACUGUAUCAGGAGGUGGAUGAGGCCAUUCACCAGCUUGUGCGCCUCUCCAACCUGCAUGUGCAGCAGCAGGAGCAGCGGCAACGUGUGCACCGACUGCGGCAGGUGAUGCAGUGGCUCUCGGGCCCUGGGGAGGAGCAGCUGGCCAGCUUUGCCAUGCCCGGGGACUCCCUGAAUGCUUUGCAGGAGACGGAGCUGCGAUUCCGGGCUUUCAGCUCUGAGGCUCAGGAGCGCCUGGCCCAGGCACGGGAGGCUGCAGAGGAAGACGCCGCUUCCCAGAAGGUGCUGGAUGUCUUUGAGCAGCGGCUGGAGCAGGUUGAGAGUGGGCUCCAUCGGGCCCUGCGGCUCCAGCGCUUCUUCCAGCAGGCACACGAGUGGGUGGAUGAGGGCUCUGCAAGACUGGCAGGAGCAGGGCCAGGUCGAGAGGCUGUGCUGGCAGCCCUGGCCUUGCGGCGGGCCCCAGAGCCCAGCGCUGGCACAUUCCAGGAGAUGCGGGCCCUGGCCCUGGACCUGGGCAGCCCAACCGCCCUGCGAGAGUGGGGCCGCUGCCGAGCUCGCUGCCAGGAGUUAGAGAGGAGGAUUCAGCAACAGCUGGGAGAGGAGGCGAGUCCUCGAGGCCACCGGCGCCGGCGGGCAGACAGUGCCAGCAGUGGAGGAGGCCAGCGGGGACCCCACAGCCCCUCGCCCAGCCUCAGCUCCCUGUUGCUGCUCCCUGGUAGCCCGGGGCCACGGGCAGCCCCAUCUCAUUGCUCCCUGGCCCCGUGUGGGGAGGACUCUACCGAGGAGGGCCCAGAGCUGGGCCUGGACACAGAGGGCAGGCCCCCAAGGGCGGUGCUAAUCCGAGGCCUAGAGGUGACCAGCACUGAGGUGGUAGACAGGACGUGUUCUCCGCGGGAACAUGUGCUGCUGGGCCGCGCCGGGGUCCCUGAUGGGCCCUGGGGAGGAGGCACCCCUCGAAUGGAGCGCAAGAGAAGCAUCAGCGCCCAGCAGCGUCUGGUGUCUGAACUGAUUGCCUGUGAGCAGGAGUACGUGGCCCUAUUGAGCGAGCCAGUGCCGCCGCCUGGACCUGAGUUGAGCCCCGAACUGCGGGCCACCUGGGCGACCGCCCUGAGUGUGCGGGAGAGGCUUCGCAGCUUCCACCGGACGCACUUCAUGCGGGAGCUCCAGGGCUGUGCUGCCCAUCCGUUGCGCAUUGGCGCCUGCUUCCUCCGCCACGGGGACCAGUUUAGCCUGUAUGCCCAAUACGUGAAGCAGCGGCACAAACUGGAGCAGGGCCUGGUGGCACUCAGCCCCCCAACCAAGGGCUCCACAGAGGGUGGCCCUUGCCUGCCACGGGCCCUGCAGCAGCCUCUGGAGCAGCUGGCUCAGUACACACGGCUCCUGGAGGAGCUGCUGAGGGAGGCUGGGGCAGAGCCAAGCUCAGAGCGCCAGGCCCUGGGGGCUGCCAUGCAGCUGCUCCGGGAACAAGAGGUGCGCGGCCGGGACCUCCUGGCAGUGGAGGCCGUGCGAGGCUGUGAGGUAGAUCUGAAGGAGCAGGGCCAGCUCCUGCAUCGGGACGCCUUCACAGUCAUCUGCGGCCGGAAGAAGAGCCUGCGCCACGUCUUCCUCUUCGAGCACCUCCUCCUGUUCAGCAAACUCAAGGGCCUGGAGGGCGGCUCUGAGACCUUCGUUUACAAACAAGCAUUUAAGACUGCCGACAUGGGGCUCACCGAGAACAUCGGGGACAGCGGCCUCUGCUUUGAGCUGUGGUUCCGCCGGCGGCGCGCACGAGAGGCAUACACCCUGCAGGCCGCCUCACCGGAGGUCAAGCUCAAGUGGACCAGCUCUAUUGCCCAGUUGCUGUGGAGACAGGCGGCCCACAACAAGGAGCUCCGUGUGCAGCAGAUGGUCUCCAUGGGCAUUGGGAACAAACCCUUCCUGGACAUCAAAGCCCUGGGGGAGCGGACACUGAGUGCCCUGCUCACCGGAAGAGCCGCCCGCACCCGGGCCUCGGUGGCCGUGUCAUCCUUUGAGCAUGCCGGCCCCUCCCUUCCCGGCCUCUCACCGGGAGCCUGCUCCCUGCCCGCCCGCGUCGAGGAGGAGGCCUGGGAUCUGGACGUCAAGCACAUUUCCCUGGCUUCCCCUCCAGCCCCAGAAACACUUGACUCUUCUGGAGAUGUGUCCCCAGGACCAAGACACAGCCCCAGCCUGCAACCGCCCCACCCUGGGAGCGACACUCCCACCCUGGCCAGUGGCGGAAUCUCAGGGCUGUCCCGGCAGUGUCACACCCGAGCCCUGAGUGACCCCACCACGCCUCUGUGACCUGCCCCUGUUCCCUGCACACUGUGGGCCAAAAAGGCAGCAGGACCCGAGGGCAGGCCGGAAGAGCCCACAACACCUUCCCUCUGCCGAAGAGGAGGUGUGCAGGCCACAACCAUCCCUGGCUGCACGGCGGCCACUAGCUCUCCCCAGCUCAGUGCCUUCUGACGACGACAUGGCCAGAGCCAAUACGAUCGCUUGCCUUCAGACCCUGGGGCAGGACAGCACCCCUCUUCCUGUCCUGCCCCACCCAGGGGGACACUCGCGUUCCCAGGCUGGCUUGCUUCUCCUCCUGUCACCCCAGCCCAGCCUCUCUGCCCCAGGAGGUCUUGGUGACUCAUUUCCCGGAGUCACAGGGAAUGGAACUCUGUGGACCAUUACAGGGGGGUGGGCUAGUAACAGCAGACUUUAUAUAUGUAAUUACCAUUACUAUAAUACUAUUGUUACAUUAAAUGUAUUUACUCACUUUG